CUGACAAUAUCCGGCUGGGUUCACUGAAGACAGCAAUGCUGCUAGUAUGUUGCGUUCUCUUGUGUAGCGAUCGAUUGCUACUGCCUGAGUCGUCUGAUGUAAAGAUGGAUGCCUUCCGAUAUAGCCCCGUCUUGGCCAAUGCUUGCUGCUUUACAGCAUGAACACAGAAGUGUGGGCUCAUCUUCUAAUUCUGGCAAAUGAAAAUGGAUGAGAUUUCGAUGUCCAGCCUGGACAACAGCAAGCUGGAGGGCGUAGCUCAGGACAUCCUUUCUGACCUGGUGGAGGAUGCUUGUCUGGGCCUGUGCUUUGAGGUCCACCGGGCCGUCAAGCAGGGCUACUUUUUCCUGGAAGACACGGACCAAGAAACCAUGAGGGACUUUGAAAUUGUGGACCAGCCAGGAGUGGAUGUGUUCGGGCAGGUGUACAACCAGUGGAAGAACAAGGAGUGUGUCUGUCCCAACUGCAGCCGGAGCAUCGCCGCGUCGCGCUUUGCCCCGCACUUGGAGAAGUGCCUGGGCAUGGGGCGCAACAGCAGCCGCAUAGCCAACCGCAGAAUAGUCACCGGCAACAACACUAACAAUAAAUCAGAGAGCGACCAGGAGGAUAAUGAUGACGUCAAUGAUAACGACUGGUCCUACGGGGCGGAAAAGAAAGCGAAGAAGAGAAAAUCAGAUAAGAAUCCAAACUCACCCAGGAGAUCCAAAUCAUUUAAACACAAGAGUGGUAUGAUGGGCCCCAGACGGCGUAUGGACAACCAGGAGAGCCCACGCAUGCUGAUGAAAGACGAGGCCUUCCCUCAGUGACAGACACACAGGAAGACCAUUGAGUCCACCCUGGCUCCUUUUGUUUUUCAAUGGACCGUGACUAUUGCUAAAUGGGUCGUGUUCAUUAAGCACCACACUGAACAAAACGGACUGAUACAGGGAGGUAGUGACUGAACUUCUCCAAUAAGAAAUGCUUGUUUGUUUUUCCAUUGUGAAACGUUUUAAAAUGUUUUGUUACUGUGUGCCCUAAUGAACACAACACUGCUGAAGCAGUCCAGAGACCCCCCGCACAGUGUCUCUACGUUCCCCCCCCCACCGCCGAAUCGUUGCACCAAUAAUCAUUAUUUUAUAUCAUACAUUAUUUUAUCGAUAGGUAGCUCUUGGCUGGCCUCUCCGAAAAAUUGUGUUAGAAUCUGUCAAUGCACAGACAAGGAGUGAGGUCGUACAGUGGCUAGGCAGAGGCAGUCGAGGUCAGAGCAAUGGAUACUAAGGACCAUUUGAUUAUGCACUGACUGUUUGAUGAUAUUAUCAGUCAAGAAGUCUUUUCAACUAUCAUUUUUUGACAAUAACAUAAUUAUGGAAAAAUGGACAGUUAAAAUCAGAAGUCACACAACUUACAGACAAUAAUAAUGAAUGGUUUGUCAUUUUAUUUUAUUACUCCAUAUUCACAAUAUCAACAUCAUGAUUCUCCUACUGAUGAGUAUGCUGAAAGGACUCCCAUCACUUGUCAUUUACCUGUGGAAAUAGGUUUUGAAAUAGACUGCAAACUCCUUGCAGUAGAACAUGGGUUAAUCUGUUUCAUUGUAGAUUAAUAGUUAGUUAGGCUUGUUUUCUAGCAUUAAAAACAUUCUUUAUUAUUUGUUUACAUUGUAAAGGGUUAUAUGUGUCCUCAGUGUUGUGAUAGUGUAAAUAUUGAAAUAGUUGAAAUGCUGCUAUCAUGGCUUUGUAUUUGUUCAUCUGUCAAGUAAUAAACAAUUGUCAUCUGUC